GCCGCUUCCUCUUGGCGGGUGGGCUGCAGCCAUGGAGGGUGAACCUCCACCUGUGGAGGAGCGGCGGCGGCUGCAGGAGGAGCUGAGCGAGUUCGUGGAGAGCUGCUGCCGGACGCUGGAGGAGGUGACGGCGUCCCUGGGCUGGGACCUGGAUAGUCUGGAUCCCGGGGAAGAGGAGGCGGCGGAGGAUGAAGUUGUGUUAUGUCCUUACGAUUCCAAUCAUCACAUGCCUAAAUCGUCUUUAGCAAAGCACAUGGCAUCUUGUAGAUUGAGGAAAAUGGGCUAUACCAAAGAAGAAGAGGAUGAAAUGUAUAAUCCUGAGUUUUUCUAUGAGAAUGUGAAGAUACCUUCAAUUACUCUGAAUAAGGACUCACAAUUCCAGAUUAUUAAACAAGCUAGAACUGCAGUUGGGAAAGACAGUGAUUGUUAUAAUCAAAGGAUUUAUUCUUCUUUGCCUGUUGAAGUUCCUCUGAAUCACAAACGGUUUGUUUGUGAUCUAACUCAAGCUGAUCGUCUUGCCCUCUAUGAUUUCGUAGUUGAGGAGACAAAGAAAAAGCGCUCUGAUUCUCAGAUUAUUGAAAAUGACAGCGAUCUCUUUGUAGACUUGGCUGCCAAAAUCAAUCAAGAUAAUAGUCGAAAAAGUCCAAAAUCCUACCUUGAAAUCCUGGCAGAAGUAAGAGAUUAUAAAAGAAGACGGCAGUCCUAUAGAGCUAAGAAUGUUCACAUAACCAAGAAAUCAUAUACUGAGGUGAUUCGAGAUGUGAUAAAUGUGCAUAUGGAAGAACUCAGCAAUCAUUGGCAAGAAGAGCAAGAGAAGGCAGAGGAUGAUGCGGAAAAGAAUGAAGAAAGGCGAUCAGCUUCAGUAGAUUCACGGCAGUCUGGUGGAAGCUAUUUGGAUGCUGAAUGUUCACGACAUAGAAGGGAUUGGAGUAGAAGCCCACAUAAAAGAAAAAGAAAUAAAGAUAAGGAUAAAAACUGUGAGUCGAGAAGAAGGAAAGAGAGGGAUGGAGAAAGACACCAUAGUCAUAAAAGAAGAAAGCAAAAAAUAUAAAUGAAGUACUUGUACAUGUAUUAAUUAUGCUUAUGCCAUGAUAACCAAUAUGCUGAUAUAUUAAUUGGAAUUGCUUUGCAUAGGAGAAUGUUUUUAUGAUCUGUUUAGUGCUUAUUAUUUUCCAAUAAAUAUGCUUCAAACCAUGAGUACACUAUUAGGCCCUACAACUUUUGUUUUCCUUGUAUUUUAUUAGAUGAUUUGCUUCCUAUAACUGAUUUGUUCUUUUUGCUAAUAUUUGUAUCUCAAAAUUCUUUAAUUAAAAAAGUCAAUAUUUACCAUAUGUAAAUUAAACGUGAAUACAUUCUC